AGAACGAAGGAAAAAAGAGGGACAAAAUCGACAAUACAAGAUUAGAAUUAGGGUUUGCAAAACAUUAACGAUAUAUAUUCCCAAGCUAGGUCACCGUGCAGCCUCCCGCUGAGGUGUACUUGGAUAGCUUUGGGAGCACUCUGGUUUUUCCGAACAAAAUGCCGAAGCAAAACCAUGAGAUUAAGGAUUUCCUUCUUACUGCAAGAAGGAAGGAUGCACGAUCUGUGAAGAUCAAGAGAAGCAAAGAUGUGGUCAAGUUUAAGGUUCGUUGUUCAAAGUACCUUUACACACUUUGCGUGUUUGAUACCGAGAAAGCCGAGAAGUUGAAGCAAUCCCUUCCUCCAGGUUUGACCGUGCAAGAUUUGUGAAGAGUUGUGCUGUGUCCAGCUAUAUUGUUUUUGUCUUUCAGAUUUUAAAAAUUUUAGCAUUGUGAACCUUGUAUGUUAUUUGGAAUUGAUAUUUAGACCUCGAGUGGUUUAGCUUAGUGCUCAAUGAAUUAAUGCAUCUUUUGAAACUUAUAUUUU